AGGAGGGCUCUUAAGACCAGGCAGCCGGGACAUCAGACUGGUCUUGCGUCUGCCACUGGCGCCCUGGGAUGUGGACGAGUCCCUUGGCCUCUCUGGGUCUCAGGUCCUCUCCUGUCCAAGGUGUCGUGAGGCUUAUGUAAGUCACUGGAGGUGAACAUGCUGAAGCUUAACCUCAGACAAGAGAGCUCUCAAAUAAGAGUUCUGUGUGGCCAGUGGUCCAUGUCACCUAUUAUCCAGGACUGCAGGAAGAGGAGAGGAAGAAAAGAAAUUGGUCAUUAUUUCCCAGGGGAAAAAGGCACAGAAAGUGUAUGACAAAGACACAGAAAAAACAGCAGGCAGCCUGCUUCUCCUAGAGAACCCGGGGCUCCCGCAGCCCUGCGGGGCUGGGCUCCAGGGGAGGAGGAGGUCAGGCGUCAGCUGCUGUGUGUAUAUAGCCCCAGGCCUCCGGGGCCAGGCUCAGUGCUGAGGCUGGUGCCAGGCUGCGAAGAUGAAGCUGUCCAGCGUCAUCCCUUGGGCCCUGCUGCUCAGCACAGCCACAGUGGAUUCAAUGGACUGGCUCCCCCGAAAUACUAACUGCGGGGGAAUCCUCAAAGAGGAGUCUGGAGUGAUCGCCACCUAUUAUGGACAGAAAACGAACUGUGUCUGGACUAUCCAGAUGCCACCACAGUACCAAGCUAGGGUGUCUAUCCAGCAGCUCCACCUCAACUGUGCUAAAGAGUCCCUGGAGAUUAUAGAUGGGCUGCCAGGAUCUUCUGUCUUAGGGAGGGUUUGUGAAGGUUCAUUCCUGGAAUAUAGAUCUUCUGGCAAUACCAUGACUGUCAAGUACAUCAGAAAGCCUGAGCACCCGACUUCUUCCUAUGAAGUGUUGUACUUUCAGGAUCCACAAGCUUAGUGAUCUCUGCUCAGGCCUGAGUGGACAAGCGUUGCAAAAGAGAACAACAUUCCUUGAAGACCCUCUGGACUCAGCUGCCCACAAGGAGAGGCAUCUUCUGUCUAAUCACACCUGCUGCUCUCAGCCUGUCACCUCCAUCCUUUCCAGCCCCCGGUCGCCUAACUGCAGAAAGAUUCCUUACUACUGGGCUUUAGAUUGUUGCCAGUCUUGCGGUUAGUUUCUUCUAUUUAUCAUUAUAAUCAUUUUGAAUAAAGUCUCUUUACCUGA